AUGGCUCACAAACUCUGCUUCUCCUUCUGGCUAUUGGUCUGCUGGGUGGUGGUAGCUGUGGCGGAAGGACAAAAGGCAGUCGCCACUCCUCUUGGAGGCUCACAAGAUAAUGGAGGACCUACAGACUGUGAGAUCUUUACGCUCACCCCUCCACCCACCAUAAGGAACCCGGUGACAAGGAUCCAGCUCGUGCCAAAGACACCCAAGUAUUUUCCCAGAAGAAGGCUGUGGAGGGGAAGCUCCUCUGAGGAAAGCAGAGAGAAAAGAGAAGCCCCGAACAUGCUGAUGCAAAAGAGAGUAUAAAAAGAUUCCUGCUUUCUUUUUCCAAACUAAAAUGACUGGACUUAAAGAUGAAAUAUCUUAAACACGACGGACUAGAAGUCGUUCUUCAUGCUGCAUGGGAGAUAUUGGCUUAGAGGUUAUUCGUUUGCAAAACAGGAGUGACAACUACAUUACUCUUAUCCCCAACUUUUUUAAGAUCACAGGAUAUUCAUCCAAAUAAAAUCCUAAAAUGGGUAGUUCCAAGAAUUCCUGUGCAGACUGAGAUGCCAGAAGAAUCAGCUGGUCUCUUCUAAAUUAAAGUGAAAGCAUUUAAACAAAUUGAUAUAAACCGAAGGAAGACAUUAAUGACACCCUUUUUAUUCACAGGAGAACUUACAGAGCACAGUGCAUUUAUAAAGUGA